GCUUCCUCUAGAAUGUAAACAGAUGAAUUUGAUAAGAAAGUGGUACUUCUGAAAUAACGGUUGACAGCAGUCUGUAAUUUUAGACAUUUCAGUCUUAGUGUGUUACCCCAAAAUUAUUAAUCGUGUCUAAGCGUAGCGGUCGAUCAUACUUACUGUUGACACAUUUCCGUAAAUGACGUAAGACCAGCUAUUUAUUCUUAAACAGAGUUCAUUCAAUAUGACAUUUCAAUUUAUUCCAUUGUCGAUUUCUAGACACAAUACAUUUACUAUGUCUACUAGGUUUCUUGCCUUAGUUUAAUUUUACUUCGAUUUUGAGGUCUUUGGCUGUAUCUGAUUACAUUUAUUUUAGUUAUAUCCAUUUUUUGACUGUUAUUGAUUAACCACUGACCAACAGUUUGACCUUAAGUAUAAAGGUACGUUGUGACUCAAAAAAGGGAUGGUGGUUAUUAAGGUUAUUAAGGCAUGGAUUCAGCCGUUCGUCCGAUCCUUCACAUUGCGAAUGUCUGUGUGAAUCCUGCGUGUAUGUAGUUGUUGCCUUAUAAGAGUGUUGGUAGGUUUUGCAAAGGCUAAAGUGAACACGGAACUAGACAAAUAAAUUAUUACAGGCGGCUUAGAGGUCAUCAUCCAACUAGUGUGUGUCUUGGGUCAUGACAUUUUCCAAUCAUAUCUAGAGAUAUAUAAUAAACAAAAAUUCAGAGUAAUGCAAUCUAUUCAAUUCAUAAACUCAUUAAGACUAGGAGGCGGAGGCUAAUCUGUAAUAAUCAUUUAAUUGUAUAUAGAUAUAGUCAGAUUGUGCAAACACUUAAAGGAAACUUAGCAGUGCUCCUGACUUGAAGACGGUGUUUACGGUAAGUGCAAAGUCGUGAUCCAGUUCCCCUUAUAAGUGUUUAAUGUCAUUAAAAUCUUCGAGUAUUUUAAUCAAUCACAAAAAAUAGUUAACACUAAAUGUAUGAGUUAAAGUGAUCGUGUCGCAACUCGCGCGCGCCGCGGCCGCGCGGGCUGCUUGCUCAACACGCACGUUUGGCGCUUUAAGUUAUUUUGGUAGCUGUUAUCAUUCAAUGAAAAGGUGCAUUGACGCGUUGAUGUCUAAUGAUGGACGAAUUUCGUAAACCCUAAGAACAGAUACCUGCUCUUGCAUUACUGUAAGUAUAUUAAACACUUAACAUUUAUUAUACUGCGUAAGUAACCUGUUCGAGUAUUUAUAACCUGUCACCCAUCACAUAUUGCUUUAUUUUAAUAAAAAAAGGAAGAAAUCUCUCGUGCCACCAACUCUCAUUAUUUAAUUUUUAAUUCUACAGAGUCAUUUAAUUCCAAGACAUGAGAUAGAAUGGUGAUAAAAUUUCUAAUUAUAACAAAGAACUGUACAAACGAAAAUACCGAACCUUAAUUAUAUCAUAUCUCAGUUAUUAUUUAGUUAAGGUUUUCGUCCCAAAACUGUCUUAAUCACCUGAUCUAAUAGAUAUGUAUAAUUGACAAGCCCAUGGGCCGAGGGCCGACGGCGGCCGUGACCUUCCGCUCACGGCAGCCGGCGCCUCUGUGUGCGUGCGGCUCGCACUUGUGUGCGUACACAGUAUCUGGCGGUCACCGAAACCAUUUCCUAACCUAUUAUUUAAUUUUAUCUUAUACAGAUUAAAAUAAUGGCAUAUCUUUGCCAACCAGUUUUUUUAAAAGUAAACAUAGCUGCUUUUUACCUUAAAGUAUACAUAUUAUACCCACCCCUACGUAUCAAAAUUAAAUCGAAGGACCAGAUACCGUACCGUAUUUAGAACAAAUGUGCAUUUGAUAAAAAAAUCACGUAUGUAUCAACGACUUAAUUAUUAGGAAAACGAACUUAUAGUAACAAGUUUGUUAAAGUGACAAGUAUAGAAUAGUUCGAGCGUUCGCUGGUGGAGGGGACAAGCGUACAGACAUUGAGAUGAAGAUGGGGCUCCGCGCGGCGGCCGGCGCUAGUCUGAGAGAGUCAGGGAGCGGCGCGCACGCGUCACGAGAGGCAGCGCGCGAGUGCAGUGACAGUGAUACCGAGUGACGUGUCGUGACGGACGCAGCAGUGGGCCCGCGCGAGACACGCGCGCCAUGACAGUGUGGGCAGUCGUGCUGGCGCUCUGCGUCGCCGCGUACAGCGCGGCGGCGGGAGGCGCGGGCGAUGCCGGCGCCGGCGAGGACGCCGCGCGCUGGCAGCACCUCGUCGCUGACUACACGCGCAGUGCCGCAGGAGCUGCGGGCGGUGGCGCAGCGCCAGCUGCCGGCACCGGCAACGUCGGCGCCUGGGGGGGCUGGUUUCCCCCGCCCAUCCCACUACAGCUACCACUGCAAUCCGAAGGAGGGCGCUCUCUGCCGGUGCUGGUAGUGCCGGUUCCGGUGCCCGUGCCCUUCGCCGCGCCCGCUGAGCCCGCCCAGUGCCCGCUGAGCCCGCAGCCGCCGCACACGGUCAGCUACAACAGCUACAGCGCGCCCGCCACCGUUCCUGUCAAAGCCGCAGAAGCGCAAGGUGCCUAUGGACCAGCUCCGGCCUACAAUCCACCACCACAGUAUGCUCAAGCAACAACCGCACCCUAUGCGCCCUCCGCGCCCCCCUUUUUCUCAGCAGAACCGUCGAUCAAUGAGACGCCACCCCCGCCGGCGCCGACACGUGCCCCAUCUCGUCGCGUCAAAACAGACGAGAGACAUGCUAGAAAUGCGCCCAAGUUUCCACCCGUCGAAGACUCUCGCCUGUUAGUAGAACAAUUCCUAGCACAGGAGCCAAAAGACCCCAGCCUUCCACCCAUAGUAAUUGACCCUGUAGGAGUUGUCAGUACCGAAGACUAUACUGUGGAGGAACUCGAAGCGGCCCAGACCGGUGUUCCUCAGAAAGCUCCUAGUGCAGAAGUGCCUCAGGUAGAAGAGUCAGUGGAAGUAGCACCGGAUCCGCAAACGUCUGCCGAACGCAAGCGCCUCAUAUGUAGACGACGGAAGACGGAGCCGGGCGAGGGCGAGCAGGGCGCGCCACCGCCGCCGCCGCCGCCGCCGCCGCGCUUCGAGCGCUCGCUGCUGCUGCGCGGUCGGCUCACUGUACCGCGCGCCGACUACACCGAGCCAUACACUAUAUGGUGGGACGCGGCCAGCGGUGCCUCUCGUGUCGACUUCCACGGCGGCUCCACCUCCACCUACCGCAUGAUGAAGCGUGACGGACGCGUACAAAGCGUGCAGAUCAGUGUGGACCGCACGGGCGAGACAGACAUACGACGCUGCAUGGUGAUGUCACCGCGCCGGAUGACAUUGGCAGAGCGCGCGCUGCCUGCUUUGCCUGACCUGCAGGCCUUUACCUUUGCCGGCUACGUGCAGCGCGGCGAGCAGCGCACGGAGCGCUGGCGGCACACGCUGUCGGGCCACAGCGGGGAGCUGGGCGGCGCGCGCGGGGAGGCGCUCACCUUCCGCCACGAGCUGCUCGUGAGGCGCGCGUCCGACAACUUCACCACCAUCCCGCUCCGGUACGCCGUCAGAGUCGACAGCUCCGUGCUGGGCGCAGACUGCGACACUUACGUGCACCAUUUUGAUGAGGUUCAAAUAAAACACCACAACUCUGCUAUGUUCAAUCUGAAUGUCGCUGAUGCUUGUGAACAUGUCGAAGUUACCGACCGCAUGGAUAUCGUAGAGCCGCUUCGUGAGUUCACCAUGAUGAGUCGUGACCCACGCCACGACAUUGAGAUUGAUCAGUAUAAAAAGAAAUUCGAGCGAGUUUACGCAGACGACACAGAGGAAGCAGUACGUAAAAAUGUAUUGAUGCAAAGCACUCGAUAUACGGCAGCCGCAAACCGGCAGGGUGCCAGCUUCGAACUGGGCAUCAACUUCCUAUCAGACAGGCUGGUGGCGGAGCGGCGCGUGAUGCUGGGCGUGGAGCAGGUGCCGGACUCGGAGCCCGGCGAGCCCUUCCCGCACCCGCCCUCCGAGCUGGAGGCACUGCGCGGCCGCCUGCCGCGCAAGUUCGACUGGCGGGAGCGCGGAGCCGUCACACCUGUGCGCAACCAGCUGUUAUGUGCGUCGUGCUGGGCGUUCGCUACGACGGGCGCGGUGGAGGGCGCGCUAUUCGUGGAGACGGGCCGCCUCGUGCCGCUCAGUGAGCAGGCACUCGUCGACUGCUCCAUGCCGUGGGGCGGCCACGGGUGCAAGCCCACGUGGCCAAGUUACGCUUACAACUACAUAAAAGAUAGAGGAUUACCUGCGCUCGAUGAAUAUACUCCGUACCAAGGAAAAGAGCUGUCGUGUCGCGCGGACAGCGUGCCGCCCGUCACGCGCAUCAGCGGACACGUCAACGUCACCAAACACAUUAUCGCUAUAAAGCUCGCCAUCAAGAAGUACGGACCCACAGUCGUUCUUAUCGACGGUGAAACGGACUCCUUUAUUGGUAUCAAAAAAGGAGGUUAUUACCACGACGGUCGCUGUCGAAAGAAUAAGGCGAACCACGCAGUUCUGGCGGUAGGGUGGACGGUGCACCGCGGCGAGACGUACUUCAUCCUGAAGAACUCGUGGACGGCGGGCUGGGCGGACGAGGGCUACGCGCGCGUGCGCGCCUCCACCAACACCUGCGGCGUGCUGAACCGCGCGUCGCACCCGCGCCUGCGCGCCGCCGACGUGCAGCGCGUGCCCGCCGGCGCGCCCGCCGCCGCCGCGCCUCCCGCCUCCUAG